CCAAUAUCAAUGGCCGUACGGUGUUCUCGCCGGCAACCGGCCCUCCUGAUUACGGCACUCGCCGUGAUAAUCUCCGUCAUUUCCCUCUUCAUCCCCGCCGCCGCCGCAUGGAUGCCGUGGGCAAAUCCGAAACCAAAUGCCACCGCCGAUCUCCUUCUCGCCGGCGUAAAAAAAAACGAAGGCUCGUCGGAGUUCAUCGACCUGACGUACCACAUGGGUCCAGUACUAACCGCCAAUAUCAAUGUUCAUAUAAUCUGGUACGGAACGUGGAAGAGUUCCCAGAAACACAUCAUCCGUGAUUUCAUCAAUUCAAUCUCAGCCGUCAAUUCCACAAAACCCUCCGUUUCCGAUUGGUGGAGAACCGUUCAAAUGUACACCGACCAAACCGGAGCCAACAUCUCCAGCACCGUCACUCUCGGCAAGGAGAAGAACGACCGGUUUUAUUCCUACGGCAAGAGCCUCACGCGCCUUUCAAUUCAGUCUGUAAUUAAGAGCGCCGUAACGGCAAAAACACAGCCGUUACCGAUAAACCCAAAGAAUGGAGUUUACCUUCUGUUAACUUCUGACGACGUUUUCGUACAGGAUUUUUGUAAAGGCGCAUGCGGAUUCCAUUAUUUUACUUUUCCGUCGAUCGUGGGAUUCACGCUCCCGUACGCGUGGAUAGGGAAUUCUAUAAAACAAUGUCCGGGUCAAUGCGCAUACCCAUUUUCUGUGCCCGAUUUUAUUCCCGGGUUAAAAGCGGCUAAAUCACCCAACGGAGAUAUUGGGGUUGACGGGAUGGUAAACGUGAUUGGGCAUGAAUUGGCGGAGGUUUCUACGAACCCGUUAAUAAACGCUUGGUAUGCGGGUCAGGACCCGAUUGCUCCGGUUGAGAUCGCGGAUCUUUGCGUGGGUAUAUAUGGGACGGGUGGAGGCGGGUCGUAUAUGGGGCAGAUGUUGAAAAGUCCGGAUGGAUCAACCUAUAAUAUUAACGGAGUUAAACGCCGGUUUUUGAUCCAGUGGCUAUGGAACUAUGUUUUGAAAUAUUGCACCGGUCCAAAUGCCCUUGAUUAAUUAACAUUUUAUUUUCUU